AUGGAGGGCAAGAACCAAGACAAUAUCACUGAAUCAGGAGAACUCGCUCAUGACUGGGCCGAAUUGAUCCAGGAGUGCCUCAUCAACAUCCUCACGUGCCUCUCUUUGAAGGACCGAUGGCUAGGAGCCAUGCGUGUGUGCAAGGCAAGGCUGCAGGCAUGCAAAGAUCCGCACCUCCACUCAGUGUUCGACCUCGAGACUAAAUUCGACUCGGCCACUGAGUUUUCCCUAUUCUGGACCCCCAAGUUCGAGAGCAAGAUUGAUAACAUGAUAAUAUCAGUCGUCGACUGGAGCGGUGAGUCCCUUAGUAAAAGGUUGUGA